UGACCCGGAUCCCGGAAGUGCCCCUUCCCCAGUCUUGGCGCUGAACGCGGGACACAAGGUCCGAACAACGUGCUGCUCUGUGGGUUCCUGGAGCCCCGAGGUGGGACAUUCGGGAGCCUCAGCUCCGUGGCCGACAGAGAGACUCACCUCCGAGAGCUGGACGAGAGGGUUUCUAGCCCCCCCGGCCCCCAGGACCCCAAGGGCUGCUGCUGCCGCGGAAAACAGGUUUGAAGUUCCACCUCUAGGAGCACACCUACAAACUGCAUUGAAAGAUCCAGGCAAGCCACAACUGCCUAAGGAAGAAGAGCUGUGAAAUAUCCUCCAGCACUGAAUAUUUAUUGCUCAGACUAAGUGUGGAAUCCAGAGGAAGACAGUUGGUGACAGAACUAUUGACAAUGCAAACACUGGAAUCAGUGACCUUCAAUGAUGUAGCAAUAGACUUUGAUGCAGAAGAGUGGGCCUUGAUGGAUAAAACCCAGAGAAACCUGUCCAGACAUGUUAUGCUAGAGAUUAUCAGUCAUCUGGUGUCAGUGGGCAGACAAAAAGACCACAGAGAAGAAGAAAUGAUAACCAUGCUACAUAUCUGCAUUAAGGACAAAUAUAACAUCCAGUCAAAGCAGCCAAUUUCUACCAUUGGAGAGGAUCCCUUUGAAGGUAAUCAUUUGGGAGAAGAUUUAAUUCACUCCACAUUGACUGACAUGGAAACAAAGCCCUAUGUAAAUGAACAUUUUCAAAAAGCUAUCAAUUAUCAGUCAUUCUUUACUGGACAUAAGCAAAUUCAGUCUGGGCAUGAUUCAUAUGACUACCAUCUAUGUGUAAAAGCCUUGAGAAAUAUUUCUGUCCUUAGACAGUAUGACAGAACUUGCAUGGGAGAGAAAUCAUAUGUUUGCCAACUAUGUGGGAAAUACUUCAUUCAAUGUUGUAACUUUAAGGAACGUGAAAGAACUCACACUAGGGAGAAAGCACAUAUAUGCCAUCAAUGUGGGAAAAUCUUCAAUUAUAGUUCAGAACUCAGAGAUCAUGUGAGAAUUCACACUGGGGAGAAACCAUAUGUCUGCCAUUUAUGUGGGAAAGCCUUCCGUGUAAGUUCUAAACUUAGGCAACAUGAGAGAACUCACACUGAGGAGAUCUAA